AUGAAUUCCACCGCCGUGGUUCGCGCUACCGCGGCGGUGAAGCUCCCGACCCCGCGUUCCCACCACGCCGGAACUAGUUGCACGGCCUCCACAGUCGUCGAGAAUCUGGCGAUUGACUGCCGGAAUCUCAGCUACUCUGUUCAAACCCGGCAAGGAAAGCUCGUUCCGAUUCUCAAAGACUGCUCGCUCAGCAUCCCCACCGGACAGUUCUGGAUGCUCCUCGGCCCCAACGGCUGCGGAAAAUCCACCCUCCUGAAGAUUUUGGGUGGCUUCUUGAAUCCAAGCGGUGGAUAUUUGCGUGUGAAGAAGCCGAGGAGUUUUGUGUUUCAGAACCCUGAUCAUCAGGUUGUUAUGCCCACGGUGGAGGCAGAUGUGGCAUUUGGCCUUGGCAAACUCAAUUUAACAAAAGAUGAGGUUACUUCUCGAGUGGCUAAAGCAUUGGAAGCUGUAGGGAUGUACGAAUAUUUACAAAGACAAAUUCAAACUCUUAGUGGUGGUCAGAAACAAAGGGUCGCCAUAGCUGGGGCUCUAGCAGAAGCAUGCCAAUUAUUGUUACUAGAUGAACUUACGUCAUUUUUGGAUGAAAAUGAUCAGGUCGGGGUUUUACGAGCUGUUAAAAGCUCUCUGGCUAGUUCCUCUGGAGCCACAGCACUAUGGGUUACCCAUCGUCUGGAAGAACUUGAAUAUGCAGAUGGUGCUGUCUACAUGGAUGACGGCAAGGUUGUUUUGCAAGGAGAUGCUUCAACCAUAUUGAAAUUUGUUGAGGCUCAGCAAACGUCUUACUUGAACAAAGUCAAUAUAUUACGGUACUCCUGUGUGGGCAUAAAGAAGGAAAAUUUUGACGAGCCUUUUGGUUGUGUUCAAAAGCAGCUGUGA